AUGGCUUCCACUGGUAGUCUUUACUCACAGACGUUGCAGGACAUCACCAACACCAAGCUCGAUGAGCUGGCCAAGCGGAGGGAGACUUUCGAGCACUACCACAAACGUGUCGUCGCUGUCGCUGAGAAGGAAGGGGACGCUACCAGCAACCUUGUCGUCCUCUCCGACAUUAUCAAGGCCAGCUUCGGAAUUACUGUCCGCGAUGGUCAAGUGAUCCGCAAUGGCAAGCACGCCGAUCUCGAGAUCGAUCUCCAGAACCUUGACCGCUUCCUGGCUCAGGCCAAGUACGAUCCGACCAUCUCGGCCCAGAUGCUGCAGAGGUGGCAACGGGGCCUGCUGCGUCAUGUCGAGAUCCAGUCGUUGAAGUAUACGUAUGCUUCACUCUAUGGUCAGCUGACCACGGAGUGGCUUACCGCCAAGGCUGGCCCGAAGAAGGUGAGUGGCGAGGAUGCUGAGAUGACGGAUUACGAGCACGUCUCCUCUGCCAAGAAGCUCGAGUCCAGGGCUAAGUGGGAGGAGAAUGUGUUCAGUGGACCGUCGAUCGAUACUGGUGCCAUCAAGGAGAUGCUGAGUGGUCUGUUCGAAGCCACGCCGGAUGAGUCUACUGUGUUGCCUAAGGCUCUCCAAGUUAUGCGGGAAGCGGUCGCUGCCUUCGAGAGUAGACUGCAGGCACCGGGGAGCUUCAGUGCCACUACCUUGAGAUGGGUUAUCAGCGGCCUCCUGGACUCUGAUCUCCUCACCAAUGAGAAGCGAGAUGCUCUACGUGACUUCCAAAGCAACUCAGUCAUCUUGUCCGAGGUCGCUGAUGUGCUCAACAUGCGCCUUGCUGCUCUCAAGGAGUGGUCUUGGGGUGAAGAAGUCCCGCUGGAGGAGCGUCGACAGCUCAGUGGCGGCUUCAACAUCUAUAUGCAUGAAGAUCUGCUCCAGGCCUUGUUUCUGCAAUAUAUCGGAGUCAAGUGGUCUGUGUUCUGGAAGGCUGCAUUCCAUGAUUUCCGCAAGACCAAGGAUGUGUGGAAGACCGCUGGCAAGCCCAUCACACUGGCGGAGAAGAAGCGCAGGGAGUUCUACCUAGGUCCAACACCCAAGGGAGCCACCGUCAUCUCUACAAAGCAGAAGUUGUACAGACAGGACUACUUCAUCUCUCAGCUCCUGUCCUCUCUCUACCAAAAGACUGAAGCCGAGGAAGGUGACGAGGAGGCCGACUUCGAGGGGGCAAAUAUGUUGCAGCAAGCUCCACAGCAGCCAGCAGCCUAUGCCCAGGCCCAGGGCAGAACCUUACAGACCGCGAGAAGGAGCGUCGGUGGUGCUGCACCUCGUAAGCAGCUAGCUAGCAAAGCUGCUCGGCGCUCAGCACCCAGUGCCGGAGCCAAUCAGCGGGAGUCCUACGAGCCUGUUGAGGGAGAGUGCUGCGACGAGGAGGAGGAGGAAGAGGAGGAAGAAGAUGAUGAUGAUGACUACGACGAUGAUCGUCCGAGGAAUCCCAUGGCGGCGAAGCAGGGUCUGCUACACUUAUUGUCCACUGAUAUCCUGGUGCAGACCAGACUUCAUGGUGAGCUGGCUUGCUUCCGCUCCCAGAUCGACAAUCUCUAUCCGUCGCUACCGCAUGCCGGUAUCAAGACUGUGCUGGAGUACUUCGGUGUCUCCCGGAAAUGGAUACAUUUCUUCACGAAAUUCUUGGAGGCUCCAUUGAAGUUCGCAGAUGAAAAGUCGUCUGCACCUCGCCAGCGAAAGAAUGGUACGCCUGGAUCUCACGUGCUCAGCGAGGUGUUCGGAGAGGUCAUUCUGUUUGGUCUCGACUUUAUGAUCAACCAGAAGACUGAUGGCGAGAUCUUGUGGCGGCUGCAUGAUGACUUCUGGUUCUGGUCUGCCCGAGAGGAAGUCUGCAUCAAGGCGUGGUCCGGUGUCAACGACUUUGUGAGGACAAUGGGUCUCAAGAUCAACGACCUCCGUACUGGCGGUGUCAAGGUCCAGCGAGAUGCCAACAGCAAGAGCGGCGUCAAGGCUGCGACGGUGUCCCAUAAGCUGCCUCAAGGCCAGAUCCGAUGGGGCAUGUUGUGUCUCCAGCCAUCUUCUGGGCGGUUUGAGAUCGAUCAAAAUAUGCUCGACAAGCAUAUCGAUGAGCUGGAGAAGCAGCUAGAGGACAAAGGCAAUAGCGUCUUCGCCUGGAUCCAAGUCUGGAACUCUUACGCUACUCGCUUCUUCACAUCCAACUUUGGCAAGCCUGCCAAUUGUUUCGGCAGACAGCACGUGGACAACAUGCUUGCCACGCACCGUCGCAUCCAAGAACAGGUCUUCGCUGACGAGUCCGGUGGCAGUUUCGUGGAGCAUCUCAAGCAGCUCAUCGCCUCACGUCAUGGUGUCGAGGACAUUCCAGACGGCUACUUCUACUUUCCAACAUCACUCGGCGGGCUCGAUAUCAACAGCCCCUUCAUCUCGCUCCUGCAGGUCCGUGACGCCGUGGUCGGCGACUUCGACAAGCUGUUCAAGGACUCAGAGGCCUCUUACAAGAACGAGUACCGUCUUCGCAAGCAGGCCUUCGAGAAUGGCAAGACCCGCAAGAAUCGUCGAAGGGUACUCGAUCCCGACUUCGUUCCCGAAGAUCCGGAUACCUUCCUAUCUUACGAAAAGUAUAUCCGUUUCCGGGAAGAACUCCGCUACAGCGACAACGGGAGCAUGAACGAAAACCAACUAGUGGAUCUCUAUACGAAGCUUCUAGAAAAGCCGCAGCAGCAGAGUAUCGACACCUUGCAGACUGGCAGUGUCGCGAAAGCCGUCAAUGAGCUUGGCGGCAAGUCGACGCAACUUCGAAGCUGGUACGGCAUGGAACCAUACUGGAAGUGGGUGGCGGAGCUGUACGGGCCGGAGAUGAUAGAGCGAUUUGGUGGAUUCGAGAUUGUGGAUGCUGGGUUGUUGCCUAUGGGUAUGGUCGGGCUGUUCAGGAGUGGUAGGGUGAAAUGGCAGGAACGAGUAGGCCGUGGCAGUGCACCGUACUGUUUUCGGACGGCAAGGAGUUCAGUGUAA